AUGUCCGCCGUGCGGUUUCUAGGAGACCGUUCGGCGAUCGGCGCAGUAGGGCAACUGCGUCGUCCCUUGCAGAGGUGCCAUGGCCGCGUGGGGACUCGCUUGUGCGUUCGCGCGGCGAAAAAAGAGCAGUUCGCAAGCUUCGACGACAUGAUCAGCGGCUCCAGCACCCCACUCCUGGUAGAUUUCUAUGCAAAGUGGUGUGGGCCAUGCCAGAUGAUUGUCCCAAUUCUUUCGGCGGCUUCCAAGCGCUUGGGGGACAAGGUCAAGGUCGUCAAAAUAGACACAGAGAAGUAUCCACGCGUUGCCUCCAAACACCGGGUGGAGGCACUUCCCACCAUCAUACUCUUUCGGAAUGGCAAGGUGGUAGACAGAGUCGAGGGGUUCCUGGAUGAGCAGACUCUUGUUGCACGAGUGAACUACUUUCUGGGACAACAGACACAAGGUUAG